AUGACGUGGAGUCACUUUGGGGAGAUUUUCUUCAAGUGGUACUUUCCCACUACAGUCAGGAGUGCAAAGGCAUUAGAGUUUUUGUAUCUAACACAAGGGCCUUUGACGGUGCAACAGUAUGCAUCGAGAUUUAUUGAGUUGUCCCGGUUCGCCCCGUAUCUUGUGCCAGAUGAGGAAAGGAAGGCAAGGAAGUUUGAGGAGGGCCUGAGGUAUAUGCAUAAUGGUACUCAGAGAUUGUCUAGCGGGUAUACAGGGGAGGUUGCAGCUAGUUGCUUCAUAGAAGAAACCCUAAGUAAAAUGGACAAUAUGGAUUGCGAAAUCGACACGACGCUAAAGCUCGGGCUGCCGGAGAACCAUCACUGUGGAAGAACUGCUUCCCAGUCCAGCCCUAUGCAAGGCUAUUUUUCCAACAUGAUGAACUCUGACCCCUUGAUCUAUUCUCAGGGAUUGGAGACUUAUGGGGGAGUGGCAAUGGGAGGGUAUGUCGAUAAUCAGAUUAAUCCCAAUAAUAUGGAAGACUUCACAUGCCAAACGCAGCCUAAUUUCCAAGCACCAAAUGAGGCUGGCAAUUCCUCAGGGAAGAGAUGUGCCCAAUGUGAAGGACACAAGACCCCCUUGUGGCGCAAGGGACCUGCUGGCCCUAGAACUCUUUGCAAUGCUUGUGGACUGCGACAUAUAAGAGCAUUGAAAAGGGAGGAUGAAGGAAAGAAGGGAGACCAAAAACUCAACAGCCAACGUCCUCCAAAGAAAGGCCGCCCCUGA